CAGCGGCUUUCUGGGAAGUCUGUUGCUCAAGGCUGGGCCCUCACCCCUCCGCCCCUCUGUGCUCUCCCUCCUCCCACUGUUGGCCGUGGAUCCUCUGCUCCUGCAGCUCCUCCCAGACCCACGGGCCCCUUGACAGCAGGAUCCUCUUCUGCAGGAGGGAUGGCCCUCAAGACAGUGACCAUGAAUGGGAUGGAGGUGACCCAGCCCAACCACAUCAACAUCCACAUCCACCAGGAGUCAGGGGUGACAGUGCUGUUCAAGGCCUGUGGGGCCCUCAAGAACCACCUGGCAAGCUGGCCGGGUGAUAGCCCUGUCCGGGCCAGGGUCAGCUAUGGGCUGCUGGCCCUGGGGGUAACACACAUCCUGCUUGGGGCUUUGAGCUGUGUCCUUGGUGGCUUCCUCUACUUGGGACCCUGGAACCAGCUGCUGAGCUCAGGCUGUGGCUUCUGGGCAGGCUCUGUGGCCAUCGCAGCUGGAGUCGGAACCAUCAUCCACGAGAAGUACCGUGGCAAAGUCUCUGGCUGGGGGUCGGUUCUGCUGGCGCUGGUGGGCGUCGCCACUGCCGUGGGCGCCCUCUUCUUCUGCGUCAGCAGCCUCGCCUGGCAGGACCCUGGCUUCCCUGACGCGGACUCCGUCUGUGCUCGCCCCAGGCCUGAGAGCACCACCCCCUACUACAGGAGGAGAUGGAACAGUUACAACAGUUACAGCCCAGACUGGAGGGAGGAGGAGUGCAGGAACUACGUGGCCACGGUGAAGAGAAUACUCCUGGCCCUCCGUGCUCUGCUUCUGGUGGUCUGUGCUCUGCAAGCCAUGGUGUCCUUGGCUUCUCUGGGUCUGGGUGUCCGCCUCCUAUGUGGCCGCAGCUCCUCCCUGGCCCUGGAAGAUGAAGGGUCGGAGAAGAAACUUCUAGGAGAGAAUUCAGCACCACCCUCCCCCUACAAGGAGAAGAACAUGACAGCCAUCACCCCGUGAAGGCUCCAGACCCCACUCGAGUCCCUACACGUCCCAGUCCUGAGUCUCCUGGGAUAAGACGGUCCCUAGGUUCUGCAUGUUGCUGUCAGGAGUCCUGGACCUGGGGACCUGGGGGGGGGGGUUUGCACAUUCCCCAGGGCCCCUCCCUCUGACCCACACCUGCUGACCACUGUGCAGCCCUGCCUAUGUGUCUGUCUGUCCUCACCACUGCUUUCACUCCAAUGCUUUGCAUGCAAUGAAUAGGUUUACCAACCUCUACUCAAUUUAACAGAUUAAAAAAAUGCUUUGAGAAGUGA